UAAUAAUAAUCAAUAACGAAAUAACUAGUUGAAUAUUAAAGAGUGUUACCAGGUUAUUAUAUUUCGUCAAAAUGCUAUCAACUUUUCUCGUGGUACUUGCUUUUGCAGUAUCCAACUCUCAUGGAAUUACAUGGAAUGGUAAUUGGGCAAACAGGUUGCGACUUUGCAGGAAAUGACCUCAGUAAUGCAUUAACAAAGGGAGAAGAUUGUGGUGGACGAUGCGCAUCUACACAAGAUUGUACUCAUUUUACAUGGACGAACUAUAACAGUGGAACAUGUUGGAUGAAGAAAAAUGCUGUGUCCAAGAGUGACGCGAUCGUAAGUAGUGACACAUCAGCUGUGUGUGGAAUCAUGGAAAACAGCAGUGGUGGUUCUCCUAGUGAAUGGAACAGAGCAGACCUAACGAAUUAUGAGUCAUAUCCGGAUCCAAACAGUGACGAAUGUUUAAAUUACAACGGAUGCUUGUGGGCUGGAUAUUUUGCAUUCGUGUCUGGCCAGCAACCGGAAACUUGGGUUAGGGCGAAUAAUAUCAUAGCCGUACAUUCAAAGGAUGCUGCUAAGUAUCAGCUAAAGACAUUAAGAUUAAGACAAGGAACCAACCAAAUCGAUGCUAAGGUUUAUGACAUGUGCGCAGAUUCUGACUGUAAUGGUUGUUGCACGAGAAAUUCUCAGAACACUGGAUUCUUGAUUGAUAUCGAAAAAUACACGAAAGAGCGCUUUGGAUCUGGAAGUGGUAUCGUUGAAUGGAAAUGUCUUGAUUGUUAAAAUUGUUCGUUGAAAUAAAAUUGUUCGUUAUGGCU